AGAGCAAGAAAGAGCGGUUUACAAGUUUACCGAAACACUGCAGCGUUCUUCUGUAUUACAGUUUUCUCUACAACAAUGAGGCGUAGUUCAAGUACUAGUCGAAUCAGUUGCCGGCAAUCCAUCCAGCCACUGAGGGUGCAGGAUACUAAUAAGACGGGACUUCAUACACCCCAAACGCAAGAGAGAAGGACUACUUUUGGAAAGCAGAGUGUGGGAAAGCAUGCACCAGGGACAUCAGAAAGGAAAACUAGUUUUUUUGGCAAAAGGACUAGUGGCUCUGGGAGCUUACGGAACAGCCAAUAUGGUGCAUUUGGAACCAUGGAGAAAAUCAAAGAGCCUAGACCACUUCAUGACAAAGCAUUCAUUCAGCAAUGUAUCCGUCAACUUUGUGAUUUUCUUAUAACAUAUGGAUACGGUCCAACAGUCUCUGUGAAAUCACUCCAAACUCCUUCUGUUAAGGACUUUGUGAAAAUUUUCAGCUUUAUUUAUGAACUCUUUUGCCCUUCAUGUGACCUUUUGGGUUCUAAAUUUGAAGAAGAAAUCCCAAGAAUUUUUAAAGAGCUUGGUUAUCCAUUUCCUUUGUCGAAAAGCUCUAUGUAUACUGUGGGUGCUCCUCAUACGUGGCCUCAGAUUGUAGCAGCUCUGGUCUGGCUGACAGAGUGUUAUAAGUUGUUUACUUGUAUGAAAGAAAACCCACAGUCAUUUGAUGAAGGACAGAUUUUGGGAGAAAGUGAAGAUGGAAUUUUGCAAAACAAGCUUUUUUUGGACUACUCUAUAAAAUGUUAUGACCAUUUCAUGAAGGGUGGAGACAGUUUCGAAGAAUUUGAUGCUGAAAUAGACUCCAAAUUAAAGGAUCUGUUUAAAGUACAAGAAAAACAUUUAGCAGUCUUAGAAGAAAAAGAAAAAAGGCUCAAUGAAGAGAUUGCAAAGCGUGAAAAGGAAAGAGAAAGUGAACCAGACCGUUUAGAGCAACUGCGGAGUCUGAAAUCAUCUUUACAAGCAGAUGUUAAAAAAUACGAGGCUUAUAUGGCCAGUUUGGAAUCUCUCUCAAGCAGUCUCAGUCAAAAGACAAAGACUAUUACAGAGGAGGAAGAAACUGUUGCCAUGGAAAUUGAAGUACUGAAACAGGAAAACGCACAUCUGGUGGUCAUUUGUGAUAAUCAAAAGUAUUCCACUGCAGAUGUUGAGAAACUGAAUUCUGAAAUAGAGGAGCUGAAGCAGGCAGUAAAUAAUUUAACCAAGGAAUUGGAAGAAGAGCAGCGGCAUCUGUGGAAUGAGGAAUUAAAAUAUGCAAGAGGAAAAGAAGCAAUUGAAGCAGAUUUGACAGAAUACCAUAAAUUGGCUCGAAAAUUAAAACUAAUUCCUACAAGUGCAGAGAAUUCUGGUGGUCUUGAUUUUGAAAUUAAAUUCAAUCCCGAUGCAGGACCUAAUUGUCUGCUUAAGUUUACAACUCAGAUUCGUGCUCCCCUUCUGGAUCUCAUGAACAACACUGAAGAGGAGAUUGCAAAUGCAACACACAGAAAAAUUGGCUUAGAAGGCUCCUUAGUACAGGUAAACACAAUGGAAGCUGAACAGAACAGCAUUGUGAAAACAUUAAGAGAAGAAGCACAAAAACUGGAAGAUUUAUGUCAGCAAAAAGCAAAGGUAGUUGUUGAAGAAGAAGAAAAGAGUACGAAGGAGCUGGAGUUGUUGGAGAAACAUAAAAAUUUGCUCUAUAAUGGUGUCAAUGAGGGUGUCAGUGAAGCCAUGAAGGAACUGCAUGAAACACGAUGCCGAUACCAAGUGGUUAUGCAAACAACUUCAGAAGAAAGAAGGAAAAUGGAUAAAAAUAUGCAGUAUCUUCUGGAACUAAUAUUUACUCAUCUUGAGACAGUUGAGAAAUACUUGACUGAACAGAAUAUAAAAAUUGACAGAGAAUUCAAUGAAUUUAUAUCUCAAGAUCCACUGAAGAACUUGAAAGAAAUCCUAGUUAAUUACAAAAAGAAGAUGAGUACCCUAUAUACCUCAGACACAUGAGUGAAAAUAUCAUCUGUAUAGUAUAAAAAUGCUCUGAAAUGUUUGCUUGCUAUGACAGUGUUUUGUAAUGAUUUAAACCUUCUGUUCAUGUGAUGUUAUAGCAUUUGGAUGCUAUCUGUUUUUUUAUUGUAGUAGUUAUUAAAACCAAUAUUCACUUUUCUGAUGCAUAA